CAACGCUAGAGAAUCCGCUUCCGAAGUAUAUACCUGGGUUUUCUCCUUUCUUAUCCUCACCCGCGAAAACUAACCUAUUCUCACUGUUUAAUCACCGUUCAAAAUCGACACCAAAUCCAGAGGACCAACUUCAUCAUCGUCCUCCUCAUCCGGCGCCGGUAACAUCAUCUCGUCAAUUGGGAUUUAUUGAUAAAAAAAGAGCCUAGGAGUUAGGCCUUUGGUAUGUUUAGAUUUUGUUUGGGUAGUCCAUCCAUUAAAUCCAAGGAAAAAGCCUAGAACAAUGCCCUUAUCUUUCUCUAUCUCGCAACCAGCUGCUUCGAAUACAAUGGGCAUACCAGCAACAAUGAUGUCAACCAAUUCCCUUUUUUCAUGUUCAUUAAGAUUAUUCACAACCAAAUUCCCACUUUCCCUCGUCAACAAAACCAACUCUACUUUCUUCAUUAAACCCACAAAUACCCUCUUCUCUUUCAAGCCCAUCACCUUCCAAAGACUCCCAACAAAAUCAUCACCACCACUGUCAUCAUCAUCAUCACCGCCAUCCACUUCUCUUCAACCCAUUGAAGAACUCCCUCCAAAGCUUCAAGAAAUUGUAAACCUCUUCCAAUCCGUACAAGAACCCAAAGCCAAAUAUGAACAGCUUCUUUUCUACGGAAAGACCCUCAAACCCCUCGAACCUCAGUUCAAAACUAAAGAAAACAAAGUGGAAGGUUGUGUUUCUCAGGUUUGGGUCCGAGCCUACAUGGACAGUGACAAAAAUGUCGUCUAUGAAGCUGAUUCGGAUUCUGUUCUCACCAAAGGUCUCGCCGCUUUACUAGUUCAAGGCUUUUCAGGUCGACCCGUUAACGAAAUUAUCCGGGUCACGCCCGAUUUUGCAGUGCUUCUUGGGUUGCAACAGAGUUUAACCCCUUCUAGAAAUAAUGGGUUUUUGAAUAUGCUCAAAUUAAUGCAGAAAAAAGCACUUAUGCUCUAUGUGGAAGCUGAAAAAGGUACUUCUGAACUUAACUCAGUUGGAACUUCUGAUUUCAAAGAUGAUAGCUUUGUUGAGAAUUCAAGUGGUCCUUCUGUAACCUCAAGUUUAGGUGUUGGUUUUAGUUCUAAGGGUGAUGAUGAGAAUGUUGAAUUGGAAGGGAGAGGGAAGAGGAUAAAGGAAAAACUUGAAAAGGAACUUCAUCCUAUUGAGUUGGAAGUUGAAGACGUGUCUUAUCAACAUGCUGGACAUGCUGGUGUUAGAGGGAGCAAUGGUGAAACACAUUUCAAUGUUAAAGUUGUUUCUGAAGAGUUUCAAGGGAAGAGUUUGGUUAAGAGGCAUAGGCUUAUUUAUAACUUGCUUCAAGAUGAGUUAGAGUCUGGACUUCAUGCGUUGUCUAUUGUGGCCAAGACACCUUCUGAAGUCGGUGAAGGAUGAAAAUUUAAUGCUCUAGAAGAGAGGUCAAAGUUUUCUCCUUUGUCUCUGUUGUGUUUGAGAAUUACUUGUUUUGUUUGGUGAAUCAUAAGGUUAUUUUUGUCUGUUAGAUUACUUGUUUUGGUUCGAAUAUAGUGUCUUGUGUCAUUUCACUGAAGAAAUAAUUCAUUUUUCUGAUAGCAUUUCCAAUAAUUUGAGAGAUUAUGUAAAUUUAUAAAGCUCAAAUGGUAUGAAUUCCAAAGAUAUUUUGUCAUUGAAAAUCAGAAGGGUUAUUUGUGGCUUCUAAACAA